AUCACAGGUGGCUACAAUAGGAAGGAAACCAGUGAAACCAACAAAUUUUCGUGCUCGGUUUAAUAACUGGAAUGAUGGACAUGUCUCUUGGGAACCUGAACAGAAGAAUGCUACCUUCCUGCAUACAGCAACCACUGUUUCAUACAGCUUUUUGCACCCAAGCUCUGGAGGAUUGACACCAUGUACAUCUGAAGACAAGGAGCAUAAAUCCAAUUGCAUCUGUUCUUCAAAUCAUUGUAACUUUACUCAUAUUUCUGCCAGGCUUUACCUUUAUUUACAAAUUGAUUGUAUCAAUGAUAUUGGUAAAACCACUGCAAGAGAGAGAAUAGACAUGGAAGCAAAUAUGGUCCCUUAUGCUGUAAAUAAG